AUGGGGCCGGGACAAGCUGCUGGCGGGGUGGCGAUCCUGUCGUUCGGCAAGCACAUCCGCUUCUCCGACGUGACAUCUGACACAACAGGGAGGCUCUUGGGGGUGACAGUGGAAGGAGGGGAGGAGCCUUUCAGACUGGUUGCCGCGUACCUCCCUGCACAGGCCUGUAACAGGGCGAAGUUUCACAAGGAGCAUCUGGAGCCUUUUGUGCUAGCUCAACCACAGUCGAAACAUAUGGUGCUGGUGGGAGACCUCAACAUGAUAGCAGACCCAGACCUGGACAAGUCGUCUGGGGUGGGGUCAGGAAGAGAGAAUCAGCGGUUUCUCGAGGCAUGGAGGACGCACGAUCUCCGCGAUGCCUUCCGGGUUCUGCAUCCCACAGAAAGGGAAUACACUUUCAAGGAUAGGGCCUCACAGUCAAAGACACGCAUCGACAGGGCUAUGGUGUCCAUGUCCUUGCUCGGCAACCUGGAAGGGGUGCGCCAUGUGGCAGUGCCGAGGAAUCUGACGGACCAUUGGUUCGCUGUCAAGAUAAGGCUGAAGUUCACCUCGACGCUCACGUACGGUCCGGGACUCUGGAGGUUCCAUGCGACAAGGGGAAAAAGGAGAGGGGUGAGAAAGGUUAUACAGGAAGUGGUGGAAGGUCUGAGCAAGGCAGGGAAGGUCUCUCUGGAGCAGGUGUUGCCUAAGCUCACGGCGGUUCUGCGAGCACACGAAAAAGAGGAGCGGAAGAGAGUUUUGGCCACCCAGCGACAUCUUACGGAGGAGGUGGAAAGGCUAAGGCACAUGAUCAUGGGUGGUUCGACGGAUGACAAGACGGAGGCGCUGCUGCUGUCCAGGGAAGAGCAGCUGGAAGCUUACCGGGAGAACGAGAGGGAGAGACUAGAGGUCUUUGCAGGACUCGCGGCAGAGCUGGAGGGGGAGAUCCCGUCACCACACCUCUCUGCUCAGAUGAAGAUGCGGAAAGACCGCACGCUGAUCGAGGAGGUGCAGUUUAAAGGAUCGUGCCGCAGGGGCUCCCAAGCGGUGUUGUCGGCGGCGUCGGAGUACUUUGCGGAAGCUUUUAAGGCGGAGGCGGCGGGUUCACAGCCGAGCGGUCUCAAUAUCCAGAUGGACAGGAAGCUGCCGGGGGAGGCAGCAGACAGACUCAAGGCUCCAUGGACGGAACUGGAGGUUAAGGCGGCUCUGGAUGGGCUCCCGAAGGGGAAAUCGCCAGGACAGGAUGGUCUGCCGGCAGAGCUCUUUAUCGGCCACUGGGAUCUGCUCAAAAACAGUUUCAUGGGUUUGGUCAGGAAGUUCGAUGAAACGGGGAAGUUGUCGGAUUCACUGACGACGGCGGUAACAGUCCUACUGCAUAAAAAAGGGGAGAAGGAUCUGCUCACGAAUUACAGACCGAUUUCGCUUCUCACCACUGUGUACAAGGUCCUUGCCAAGGUGCUGGCAAACAGGCUCAAGCAGGAGCUGCAUUUAAUCAUCUCGAAGGAGCAACAUGGCUUCAUACCGGGCCGCAGCCUGGCGGACGCAGUGGCGGUGGUGGCGGAUGCCAUAGAAGCGGCAGACAAUGACGGGGAGGAUUGGUACCUCCUGCUGGUGGAUUUCCAGAAGGCUUACGACACGGUGUCGCGGGAUUUCCUCUUCAAAACGUUGGAGAAGCUCGGACUGCCGGCGCAGUUUGUCGGUUGGACGGAAGGUCUGCAUCGGGGAGCAGGGACGAAGAUGGCGGUUAACGGGUGGAUCGGGGAGAAGGUGGAAAUGCAAAGAGGGGUGCGACAGGGGUGUCCCUUAGCGCCAUACCUGUUUUUAUGCGCCCUGGAGCCACUGUGCGCGGAGAUAAAGAGGCGCGGUCUGGGAGUCAAGGCGGAGGAAGGCGAAGCAGUGUCGUACGUGGGAUACGCGGACGAUACCUUGCUGAUCCUCAAGGGCGCCUGGUGUUGA